CGAGAAUGUGUGUGUGGUGAAGGAGUGAAGAAGAGGAGACAUGGCUUCAGGGAGGGACAGGAGAUCUCUUAGGAAGAUGUUUCCACAGUCGGGGAAAUCCAUCGUCUUUGACAGCUUCCCCGAUCCUUCAGACACCUGGGAGAUCGCGGAGACCAUCGGGAAAGGAACCUACGGAAAAGUCUACAAAGUGUUGAACAAGAUCGACAGCAGCGAGGCCGCCGUCAAAGUGCUGGAUCCGAUCCAUGAUAUUGAUGAGGAGAUCGAGGUUGAGUACAACAUCCUGAACGCGCUCUCUGAUCAUCCCAAUGUGGUGAAGUUCUACGGCAUGUUUUACAAGAAGGAUCCUAAAAACGGAGACCAGCUGUGGUUGGUGCUGGAGCUGUGUAACGGCGGCUCGGUGACAGAUCUGGCUAAAGGAAUGCUGAAAAGGGGAGAGCGGAUGGACGAAGCAAUCAUCGCCUACAUUUUACAUGGGGCACUGAUGGGCCUUCAUCAUUUACACAAGAAUAACACCAUCCAUCGAGAUAUAAAAGGGAACAACAUCCUCCUGACCACUCAGGGGGGGAUAAAGCUGGUUGACUUCGGUGUAUCAGCUCAGCUAACCAACACCCGUCUCCGGAGAAACACCUCAGUCGGUACGCCAUUCUGGAUGGCCCCUGAGGUCAUAGCGUGUGAGCAGCAGUUGGAUUCAACAUACGACGCUCGUUGUGACACCUGGUCUCUGGGUAUAACCGCCAUCGAGCUGGGAGAUGGAGAACCACCCCUGGCAGACCUAUACCCCAUGAGGGCUCUCUUCAAAAUCCCAAGGUGA